AUGUGCUGGUGGUUUUAUAAAUCAUUACCCAUAUUUUAUGGAAUUCUUACGAUUUAUGAAGUUAUAUGUGGUAUUUUUAGACUUGGAAUAUAUUAUAGAUUUAUGCAGAAUGGGUCUUAUAACUAUGGAAAAAGUUUAUUCGACAAUGGAACUAUAUCAAUAGCCAGAACAACAUUGUCAGAAAAUAGAAAAGUUUCUCAGAUUGUCGCUGGUUUUAUUAUCGAUUGCAUUAGUUCAUUAAUUCCAUGCAUGAUGGGUUUGUUUAUUAUUUUCAUUUUUCUUUGGUUUGGCUAUCGAAUUUUACGACUGUUUUGUUCGUGUCAUCAUCGAGCACGUACCAAUUUUCAUCUACGACAUCUAAUAACCAAUAGACGAAUCCAACGCUUUCUUCUAUUCAAUUGUAAUUGUCCAUGUUAUAUAGCACGACCCAAAUGGCGUUUUCUUGUACGUUUUCUAUUCAUCACUAUUAGUAUUGGUCUACGAGUGUUAGCGAUUAUUCUAUAUGCAACAGCAUCAACACAUACGAAUGAUAAAUUUUUUAGUCGAACACAAAAACUAUCAUGGAUUUGUGGCAUUACAUUACCAUCAUCAAUAUUGACUUUAUUAUUGGAUUAUUAUCAUUAUCGUGUUUGGUGGCAUUAUAUUCCAUCAUGUGAUCAAAAUCCAUUUCAUCGUCGUUAUUUAAAGAAACAUCGACGUUUUAUCCCACAUCAUUUAAUGGGUGCCCAUCGAAAUGAAAUUCAAUUAUGGAAUGAACCAUGUGAAUUACGACAAUUUUGUUUCAAUCAAACAUUAGAACACAUCAUGAUAUUUCAUUAUAAUACACAUACCCCUACACCACGUUGGUGUGAUGUUCCAAACAAAGAUCCAUUGACUACUACAUACAUUGGUUUUCAUCGUACAGAUGCUCAAGCAGCUGUUAGUAUUGCUUACACAGAUUUCCGUACAAGUAGAACUGGACGACAGAUGUUAGGUUUUGGUAUUUAUUUUGCUCGUUCAAGUUUUCAUACGCAGUUUAAAGCAAGACGAAAUGGUGCAGUUAUAUGUGCUAAGAUUCUAAUGGGUCGUGUACUUGAAAUAGAAAAUGAUGAAUUAGCAAAUGUAUCAAAUAGUGAUGCAUGGCAUCAGAAUUUUGAUACAAUAUAUUAUCGUCAUCCAAGAAACCCAUUACGAGAUGAAUUCUGUAUUAAAAGUAAUGAACAAAUAUUGAAAUGGGUUAUGUACAUAGAACCACCAUUUGAUACCAAAGUAGAACAAUAUGGAUUGCAUAGAGAAUUUAGUGAUACUCUAUGUAAUUGUAUUUAA